AGCCUUGGGAGGGUAUAAAUUCCCCAGGCCAUACACCAGCUUACCUCCAGCACAUGCAGAGCACGAGAGAUGAAGCUCCUCAUGCCAGCCACCCUCAUCCUGCUCCUCCUGUGCCCCCCAGGCUCAGGGGUGCGUGGUUACACCUCUGUCCUCUCUGUGCCCAACGGGGGCCACUGGGGCAAGUGGGGCAGCCAGCAGUUCUGCCACCAUGGCUAUGCAAAUGGAUUUGCACUGAAGGUGGAGCCUGACCAGUUUGGAAGUGAUGACACGGCUCUGAAUGGCAUACGCCUGCAUUGUCAGGAUGACUCAAUCACCAUCGAGUCCUUGGUGGGGGAGUGGGGCUCCUGGACCAGCUUCCAAGUUUGCCCUGGAGGCUACCUGAUCUCCUUUUCACUGAGAACAGAGAAGUCCCAAGGAGCAGGUGAUGACACAGCAGCCAACAACAUCCAGUUGAGAUGCUCAGACGAAGCUGUGCUGGUUGGUGAUGGACUCUCGUGGGGCAGCUUUGGCCCAUGGACCAACAGUUGCAAGAUAUGUGGUCUCCAGACCAAGGUAGACCCCCCACAGGGACUUCAGGAUGACACAGCACUCAAUGAUGUGAAGUUCUUCUGCUGCAAAUGAGCACUUGCUCCCGGUUCCUCACUGCCCACACAUCCCAUAUCCCACAGCAAGUGAAGUGACAGUAAGGCUUUGCUCUAGCUUUAUCCUGGGACGUGUCCAUGAUGUUUUGACUGCUUGCAUCUUGCUGUUCUGGCCAAUGCCUCAGGUGAUGAUGUCUUUUACAGCCACUGCUAAGUUAGCAUAGCCAAAUCAUUGCAUCAUGCACUGCUGGUAUGUUGCUGUGAAAAUGCUCAGUUUCUAGCAACUGCUCAGAGCUGACAGA